CCUGACUAGUAGCUAUUUACAGCACUUUUCAAGCAGUCCCUUCAGUGUAUGGACUCAGUGAGCGCUCAGACAAUGCUGUAGGGAUCAGUGUGUGGGCAGGGAGGGAUUCGCUGGGCGCUCCUUAUUGGGAACCGUUAUUUAGCAGACAGCUAUAGUAACCCACAUUACUGAAAAUGCCACGAUCCUUCCUGGUCAAGAAACACUUCAACUUCUCCAAAAAGCCUAAUUAUGGGGAGCUGGACAAUCACACAGUGAUUAUUUCCCCCAUUCUGUAUGACAGAUACCCUGUAUCUAUCAUUCCCCAGACAGACAUUCUCAGCUCAGUUGCCUAUGGUCCUAUCACAGUCUGGAACAGCCUUCUUCCUCCCCCAUUGCCCCACGAUCUCUCACCUCUGUCGGGAUACCCUUCCUCUGUAGGACGUGUAAGCCCCCCACCUCAGUCAGACACUUCUUCAAAAGACCACAGCGGUUCAGAAAGUCCAAUCAGCGAUGAAGAGGAACGACUUCAGUCCAAACUGUCUGACUCUCAUUCUAUUGAAGGGGAGAAGUUCCAAUGCAGUUUGUGCAGUAAGACAUACUCCACUUUCUCUGGGUUGGCAAAACACAAGCAACUGCACUGUGAUAUUCAGUCUAGGAAAUCCUUCAGCUGCAAAUACUGUGAAAAGGAAUAUGUGAGCCUGGGAGCACUGAAAAUGCACAUUAGGACACACACAUUACCCUGUGUGUGCAAAAUCUGUGGAAAGGCUUUCUCCAGACCCUGGCUACUGCAAGGACAUAUCAGGACUCAUACAGGAGAAAAGCCAUUUUCAUGUCCACAUUGCAAUCGAGCAUUUGCAGACCGGUCCAAUUUAAGAGCCCACCUCCAAACACAUUCUGAUGUAAAGAAAUACCAAUGCAAGACCUGUUCCAAAACUUUCUCCAGAAUGUCCCUUCUUCACAAGCAUGAGGAGUCAGGCUGCUGUGUAGCACACUGACAGUGCCACUCCAGUCAACACAUGUUUACCAGGACCAAACUAGCUUAUUCAGAGUUCCCUGUUCUGAAGACACAAUGCAAACCCACAUGGUAUUUCCUCCACAGGCUUCUAACCAAAGAAAAAUCUAUGCAAUAUGUACCAACACCAGCUUACCUUUGUGAAACAACAUGGAUUUAAAGAUUUCAAUACCAAAUAAAGCAUUUCAAGAUGCCAGAGGGUGAGGGGGAUGACCAUGUGUUUUCUGACUUUACCAAAUAACUAGAUGAGAAACAUAUUUCUUUUCUUGCCUCUAUCAUUUCAACCACAAAGUGUUUGUGGGUUUUUUUUUUU